UGUGGUCUAACUAAAGGGUCUUCAUUUAAUUAAAUAGUGUUGUGCGCGGCUAACGCAGCAGCUAACGUGAUCUGAAUCAGUAUUAAAGUUUAUCCAGCUGGAAACAUGAACAUGUUGUUGAACAAAUUAGACCACAGGUGGAUCAGGCUGACCUUGGGACAACAUUGGAUAACAGCUUCGGUGUCUUCAAAGCUCUCAACGAUUCCUCCACAACCUGUGAUCCCCUCCAAGAAGCCGUUCAAAGUGGAGCUGGUUGGUGGAAAGCGGUAUUCGUGGUGCACAUGUGGACACAGCAAGAAACAGCCCUUUUGUGAUGGAGCCCACAAAACCAAAGCCCAGGGCCUGUCCCCGCUGCGCUUUGUCCCUGAAAAGGACUCCACAGUCUGGCUGUGUGGCUGCAAGUACACCAACAACCAACCUUACUGUGAUGGAACGCACAAGCAGGACUUCAUCGUGUCUGCACCACUACAUGGACAAACUGACGCUUGAGGAGGAGGGAGGAGGAAACUUUGAAUUGCACAUUUAUGCUGCUGCUGAAUCCACACUUUGUGCACAUGUAAACAGUUCGACCACAAGUGUUUGAAUCUUGUGUCUUGUCAGUGUUUCUUGCCUGAAAGGGAAGAUAGUCCCUCCUUUCUGUGUCAUAUUUUAAAGGCAGUGUUGCUUGAUCAUGGGAUAGCUACUGUAUGGGUAAGGGUAUGAAUUGUUCUGAAUCCACUGAAAGAAGAAAAAAACAGCAUGCAGAGGUUCUAUACUGUGAAGUGUUUACUUGAAGAAAGGUAUAUAUAUAUAUAUUUUGUCCUACAGAAUCAGUGGGGAGAUGUGACAAUGAACUGAUCUCCAAUAUCUGCCAAAAUCUGCCAAAGUGUAAACUACACCUCUGGGUAUAUAAUAUAUAAUAAUAUAUAUGUGUUGUCUUUUCUGUAGUCUUUAUGGCAAUGUUUUAACAUGUGACACUUUCCUUGUUGAAUUUAAAGAAAUAAACUACUGUAAUACUGA